UUUCAUAAACAAUAUCAUUAUUCAUAUUUCAUUUCUUCUUCUUUGAUUCAGCACCAGCAUCAUUUGCACAAGCUCGCAUUUGGCUUGAUGAACGCAUUCGAUUCGAUCCAGACAAACCUCCAAUAGCCAUCUAUAAUAUGCCUUUUGUUUAUCGUCUGCAACCAGGCCAUACUUUAUCAAUUAAACAACUUCAUCAUGCUCUUCAUCUCACUGUUGACAAACAUCCCUCACUUCAUACAUCACUUCAUUUUGACAUCCAAAAAAAUAUACUUAUGCAACGAGUUAUUACUCAUGAAGAUAAAAGUAAUAAUAAUAUGUUUUCAAUCAUCGAAACUAUUUAUGAAACAGACGAAGAACUUAAUGAGAUUUUACACGAUGAGAAACGUAAUCCUCAUCUUUUUGAUCUUGCUCAAGGUCUUGUCUUUCAAUGCCAUAUUGUUUAUUACAAACAAAUCUCUUCAAAUCAUCUUCUUUCUCACAAAGAUCUACUUAUUUUCAACUUUCAUCAUGCUCUAUUUGAUUUUCCAUCAAUGAACAUAUUUCUUCAUGAUCUGAAUGAAGCAUAUACAACAGGUCAAUUAUUAUAUAAUGACAACACUAAUCUCCGUUAUCUCGAUUAUGCUAUUAUUGAACAACAAAUGUCAAUGACUGGUGCAACUAUGUUUUGGCUUGAUGUUCUUCAUGAUUGUAAACUUGAUCAACCUCUAUCAUUACCAUUUGAUCGAUAUCGUCUUUCCAAUGAAUUUCGAACUGGUCGUGGAACAUCUAUUUCAUUUGAUUUUGGUCAAGAUCUUUCACAUGAUUUUCUUAUUCAUGCAUCAUCAAAUAACAUAUCAAUUCAACAUCUCACAUUUGCUAUUUAUUUCAUCUUUCUAUUUAAAUCAACUAAUGGACAAGCAGAUCUAUGUCUGGCUCUAAACAUCAAUAAUAAUCGAUAUAGAGACGAACUCAAAUCAAUCAUUGGACUGUUUGAGAAUGUCAUUCCAUUACGAUGUCAAUUAGAUCCUCAUUUG